GGAUUCAAAAUCGGAAUCGGAUUCUGGCGAAUUGUGUAACUCUCAAAAGAAAAGGAACAAAAAAAAAAAAGAAACGAGAUAACCAAAAAAUGCAUCCCGGCCGCAGACAGAAUCAGAAUACGCCGUAGACAUAGACAUUGUCAAAUACCGUCAUGUCUGGAAUGUGAAAACCCAAAUUAGAAUUAUAGAACGGCAGCUUCAAGAUCCCCGGAUGUAAAUAUUCAAUAUCUUUUCAAACCGAACUCAAACACACCUACACACGCACACACAUACACACACACUUACACACACACACAGACCCACACACACACUCAGAGAGAGGGAGAGAGCGAAAAUAAAACCAGUUGCUUAUUGGAAUGUUAGGAACAUCGUAGAAUUGAGCUAUAAUGCAUUUUUACUAGAUGGAAGGUGGACGGUAACUAAGAUAUUUUUCGAUGAAGUGCAUACAAUAAAGAAUUCAAUGAUAAAAAGACUCAAGGUAUGUUUAUACCAGACACAUUAAGGAGCUGUAUGAUCGAGACGGACGUAUCUUCUUAUUUGCAAACAUCAUCGACGGGACAGGAUGAAUUUCACCCCUUCAUUGAGGCGCUUUUACCAUACGUCAAAUCAUUUUCGUACUCUUGGUUUAACUUGCAAGCAGCGAAACGAAAAUAUUACAAAAAACAUGAGAAACGAAUGUCUCUGGAAGAAGAAAGACAUUGCAAGGACGAGCUACAGAAUGAAAAAACUGAGGUGAAGCAGAAAUGGGCUUCUCGGCUGCUGGGGAAAUUAAGAAAAGAUAUCACUCAAGAGAGCCGAGAAGACUUCGUUCAGUCGAUUAUUGGGAAGCGCAAAUCGAUUUGCGUUCUCUCUAAUCCUGAUCAGAAAGGCAAAAUGCGACGCAUAGAUUGCCUGCGGCAAGCUGACAAAGUAUGGCGUCUCGACCUUGUGAUGGUCAUCCUAUUCAAGGCUAUUCCAUUAGAAAGUACGGACGGAGAACGUCUAGAAAAAAAUCCAGAAUGCUUGCAUCCAGGACUUUGUGUGAAUCCAUAUCACAUAAACGUCUCUGUGAGGGAACUAGAUUUAUAUUUGGCAAACUUUAUAAACACCCACAAUCCAUCAAUAAAUCCUGCAACAAACUCAACAUUGCUAUCGACCCCAUCAGUGGCCGUGAGAUCACCACAAAUGGCUCUCUAUAGCCACAAUCGCAGCAACGCAGCAAUCGAUAGAAAGGACGACUCUGACAGCAUGGAUAAGAAUAAUAAGAGCCUGAGGCAUAAUCCAUACAAUGGAGUCGUGUGUAAUGACAUUAUUUUGGCAACGGGUGUAUUUUCCUCCCAAGAACUUUGGACCCUGUCAAAAGAUUCCAUAUUAGAUGAAGUCAACAGCUUACACACCAACGUCAUCAAGAGGGAAAACAUGGGAACUGCUUAUGACUGCAAUACAUAUCAACUGUCUUCAGAAUCACCAAUGCCUAGUUCUCAGAGCCUAGCCCCAGCAAGCACCAUUGUUGCCAAUCCGGUUCCAGGGGGUUACAGUAUUGAUUUUGUGGAUCAGAGGAGUGUGCAUUUGUCGCAUUCCCCUCUACUGCGAUCCGAUGCCCUCAAUGGAUCGAACGAAGCGUGUAAAAUUGAUCAGAGUACUUCCCCGCCACUCAUUUCCCGAACAAGUGCAUCCACAGAGAACUGUGGCAGCAGUUUCUCGGUGAUCCUACGAUCGGCAGACAGCAACAAUUCCAACGGGGACUCAACAGUGACAACAGACUCGGCCAUCUCAUUGCAUCGUUACACAUCAUUGAACAGUCGACCGAUCACAAGUAUACCGCAGAUUCGUUCAACGGAAGCACUUCUCCACCAUAAUUGCUCCACACUGCUUGCAACAUCGGUCAGUCCCGUGAAUACAUUGUAUUAUCCUCAGCACAGCAGCCCACCCACAACAACAACAGCGGCCGACGAAGAGCAAUCUCAGGCACAGACACAGCCCCAGUCACAGUCGCAAAACACCCAAAGCCAUCACUCCGAAAAAUAUUCAACGGAAGGUCAUGAUAUAUCUGAUUUUGUCACGUACGUUUGCCAAGAUACUGGCCAUUCGACAACAACAAUAACACCGGGAACCGCAGAAAAUCAUCCUUUUCAGCAUACCCAUCCGCACGCUACAGCUACCCAUGUCCAUUCUCCCCAUUAUCAGAUCCAUCAACAGCUCCGAAACUCCAAACUAACAGCUGCACCGUCGACACACUACCAGUAUAGUACAAUGUUGCCGCCCCCACCACUGCCACCGAUGGCGCGGCCGGUCGCAAUAAUACGCACAAAUGGAGACCUAGCAAUGGUCCAAUCGCCGCCCCCAUCCUCAGCAAACCAGGCUUCCAGUCUAUCCAAUGAUACGCUCUGCGUCCGCAAGAGCGGCCUAAACGACGACAGCAGAGGCACAAUGGAGAGCAAUAACAGCCCCAUUAACUCAGAAACGGGACCACAUAACGUCAACUGCACUACGCUAGUGACAACAUCAUCGCCUCAGCCCCAAGCUCCGACAAGUCCCCAAGUCUGUAUAGAAACAGGGCGGUGUAAAAUGUCGCCGGUCGCCUGUAACUCGUUGACCCGGAUCGCAACCCAAAUGUAUCCAUCAACCAAUGGUCGGGAAUAUUUCAACCACUUCCAUACGCAAUCGACAUCGUUGCUCGGAUAUGCCGGUUCUAUUUCAACAAUGUCUGGCGUCAUCAGCCCCACAAAUCUAAGCCUAUACUCGACUCCUACAAUGGCAGUGGCCUCCGCACACCGCUCGAGCGCCAGGUCCCGAUGGAACUCAACACUUCUCACUGAGGACGAGUUCAACAUAAUUCCACACUCUGUAUCUAGUACAAAUAUUGAAAAUGCACAAGUUAUUUUAAUGGAAGAUUCAGCAGGUCGCUACACUGAUGAAUAUGCUGCGAAUCGUGACUAUGUGUCGUGAUCUACCAUAAAGAUAUUGUCAAACAGACUCUUACGGCUAUGGGCAUGCCAGAAUAUGUAAUGCUAACCUUAGGUCGAGCAAGUAUAACUAGCGAUAUUCUAAAUGUAAAAAUACUCGUAAAUAUGCAGACAUGGCAUAAAGAAAUACGAAUUAAGCAGAUAUUCUGAAAGCAACUUUGCGAGAAAGAUUGCUGGGAUGGAUUGAGACGGAAUGGAUUGGAAGUGUGUUGUGUUCGUGAUCAUUACUAGUUCCAACAAUCGGGGGCUCGUUCUAUUUGUUCCUAUGGGCAUGUGUUUGAGAAUUAUUUCAUGUGUAUAUACUAUCUCAUAAUUGAAACAUCAUAUAUACAUAGGUUCUGUGUAGUGGAUGGAAACUCCCAUCAUCUCAUACAUACUCGUACAUAUAAUAUAUAUAAAUAUAUAUAUAUAUAUAUAUAUAAUUAAGAUCCAUUAAGUUUAUACGAAUGCUACGGUUCGAGCAGCCUUACCUAUAUGCCUAAUUAUGAGUUAUACCCUUUCCAAAACAAUAAUUUCUUUCUUCUUUGCUUUCUGGGCAAGGAGUAAGGACGAAGAAGGCCUUUCAAAUUUGAUUUUGUCCAAAUAGUCCAUCUAUGUACUACAAAUAUAUAUGAUUUUCUUGCAUUGAGCAUUGAGUUGAUUUCCAUCAUUCCCAUCAUAUAUAUACUCUACUAUGUAUAUCCUCUGUUCAUAGUGUACGUAGGUCGCCUUUAAUCGAAGCUGUGAACCGUUAUAUUUGACAAGGUCAUAUCUGGCUGAUGAUCUGAUACUGAUCUGAUAGAUAGUCGGAUAGUCGGAUGGACAUGGCUAAAUCAAGCUGUAUAAUCGCCUAAGCAAGUAUAUUUAUAUGUAUACGUAUGCGUUGCAUAAAUGCGUUUAUAUAAAUGCCCUUUUGGAAAGAGUAUAAAGGCCUGAACUGCACCUAGCGCAGGUUAACUAAAAACUCAUUACUGAAAACAAGCAAGCAGGUGUAUUUUUAAAUAUGUGAGAGUUAUAUUUUAUAGGAAAUCAAGUAACAAUAAAGACUAAAUAUGUAACGAAUUAGAGUCCUAAAUAAGAUUAAAAAAUAUGACAAUAGUAGGCUUAAAAAAAAGGUGACAAAUAUUUUAAUCCACAUUAGAAAUACCAAAAAAUUUGAUAAUUUCAACACUUAGUACAUACAUACAUAUAUAACGAUUUUGGGUUAAAAGCUCAGACACACACACACACACAUAUAUAUACACACACAAAUACACAACUUUUCGAAACGUUUUAUUUGAGUUUGCUAGUGAUACAUAGAUAUGUAUGAAUAACCCUUAGCGGGGAAUCAAAAUACUUAUAUUUGUAACUUGGUCCAAUCCAAAUAGUCUCUCGAGUACAAGAGGGACAAUAUAUACGUAUAUGAAACGGCACUUUGGUCGCAGUGCUUGCAAUCGAAUUCAAAUAAAAUGUCUUGAAAAAAGAAACUGAAAUCGAAAUUAAAAAA